GUCACAUUCAGUACCAUACCAUUUUAAUUUUUUCCCAAUUUUAUCACUUGAAUAGCCUUACACACAGUGCCGACGGGAUACAAUAGCCGCAUCGAUACCGAGUUUUCUAACCGUCGUGACGCGGAAGUACAUGAGCACAGUAAUAGUUCGUAAAAGUACCGCAGUUCGAGCUUAUUAAAAAAACAAAAAGGAGAUUUGGUUAUGCAUGUACGUAAAAUUAACCUUCCCUCCUCCAACGACCGUAGUUUUAGAGUCUUGCUGCAAAACACAUUGGACUUCAGGCAGGCCUAUAAAUAAAUAGGCUCUGCAAAUAAUGUUAUAAUCCUGACACGGUUACACGGAUUUGUUUCCAGAUUUCUUUAGCUGCAACGGAAGUAGUGAUGGUAGGCCUAUUCGUUUCUUUGGUCGCAAUACUAGGCCUAUGCAAUGGAGCAGCAUAUGUACCAUCAUGCCCUCCAGAAGAGGCAACUUUGACCCACCCUGAUGGCACAGGCAUCAUCGAGGUCUCAACAACCAGUGCCACUGCCCUAGUAUCUUAUUCCCUUUCAUAUGAUGAUCCAUUUGAAGCAGAAGUCUUAGAAUGCUAUCCAGGCGUAAGCCCAAACUAUCCAUGUCCUGCAAACAAUCGAUUUCCUAUCACGUUUUCUUACCCUGGCGGUGGUGAUGGCAAUCCACCCCCCAAAAUGAUCAAAGUGUUCUAUGAGGUCUGGAUUACUACCAUACCACUCGUGAGAAGUACUCCAUGCGAGUUUUAUGUGAGAGUUUUGGAUUCAGGCAAACCUGUAAUAGGAUGUCCUGCCAAUAUUGUGAUGCCGGGUGAUGAGCAAGGAUUCACCAUGAAGACUGUCAGUUGGACUACACCAGUCCCAACAGAUAAUUCCAAUGCUGCUAUUACCUUAACAUCUAGCAUCGACCCCAUCAUUUCACCCGCCAUGUUUCCUGUUGGUGUGCAUAAUAUCACCUACACUGCAAUGGACCAAUCGGGGAACGUUAAUGAGUGCACUUUCACUGUGACUAUCACAGACAACGAAGCUCCGAAUGUCACGUGUCCAACUGAUAAUAGUCCCAAUGUGGAUGCUUCAUUGGCUGGUGCCUAUGUGAUUUGGUCAGUUUCACCGAAUGCCACUGAUGUUGUUGAUGCUACAGUUAAUGCUGACAGCGUUGUUUGUGAAGAUCAUCUUGGCAACGUUGUGACUUCUGGUGAAUUUUUCCAAGACGGUCUAACAAAAGUGACUUGUAGAGCUAACGAUACUAGCCUAAAUGAAGGGUCCUGUUCUUUUUUCAUCAACGUUACAGAUACAGGCGAUCCUGUUAUAGAGUGUCCUGCCAAUAUUGUGAUGCUUGGAGAUGAGCAAGGAUUCACCAUGAAGACUGUCAGUUGGACUACACCAGUCCCAACAGAUAAUUCUAAUGCUGCUAUUACCUUAACAUCUAGCAUCGACCCCCUGACUCCACCAAUCAUGUUCCCCAUUGGGUUCCACCAAAUCACGUACACUGCAAUGGACCAAUCAGGGAACUCUGCAUCUUGUAGUUUCAACGUUACUAUCACAGAGCCUGUAGCACCAGCACCUCCAUCGGUACCCGAUGAUUUACUGAACUCAGUAACUGAAAGCUCAUUCAAGGUAGUAAUCGAACCCGUCAGCCAAAGAUAUGUACCAAUAAGCUGUUUGGAGUUAACUUUGGUGCAGCUCAACAGAAAUGCAGUAAUUGACGGCAAGGAUCCUGAUAUAAUGUACCACCCGGAUCAGCUCGGAACCUACCAGGAGGCACAGGAGUCAAUGACGCCUUACGUUGCUGUGGUGUUCACAGGAAAUGAAGUAACUAGCACUAUGGAGGUUGAGAUUGGAGUAGGGGGCACGACGUCCUGUGAUAGCCUUUCAAGGCGGAAACGAAGACAGUCGAAGCGGGAACAUAUUGGUGAUAAUGGCGCUCUGAGACCAAAUACAAAAUACACAGCUUUCUUGAGAGCUUAUAUUGUAUUGGAGAAUGGAAUGGAAGUUUAUUCUACUAGUCCACUGAUGCAAUCAAUUCAAACGGGGGAAACGCCAUCGAACAAUGUUGUAACCUUCGCAGUAAUCGGCAUAUUGAGUACGUUACUGAUAGUUGCUGUUGCUGUAAUUGUUUUAAGGUCAAAGGUGAAUCGCGAUUCACACACUACGCAAGACACUCGAGCAGUUGAUGCAACGGUGGAAAUGAAUCCAAUAGGUUAUGAAGUAAAGAUAGGUUCAAGUACGGAAGCUGCUGUUUACGAGGAUGUAGGACUGCCCUCAUGGGCUGUCCGAUGGGAGAUCCUCCGGUGCGAUCUUGACGUUGAUGAUACGGUACUGGGAAGGGGAAACUUUGGUGAGGUGAGAUCUGGGACUGUGGACCAAGGCGGCAAAAGGACCAAGUGUGCCAUCAAGAUAUUGAAGGGUCUAGCUUCCCCGAGUGACAGAAAGGAUUUUCUUGAGGAAUUUCGAACCAUGACCAAGAUUGGAUAUCAUCCUAAUAUCGUCUCGCUCAUAGGGGCUUGUCAAGAUCAAGAUGUGUUGUACGUAGCAUUGGAGUACCUUCCCAACGGUGACUUGCGUAAUCAUUUAAGAUCAUCCCGUCCGGACACCGAAUCUGAACCAUCUCUGACGUCAGACCAACUCAUCAAGUUUGCUCUUGACGUUGCCAUGGGAAUGGAACAUCUUGCAUCAUCAGCGGUGAUCCAUCGCGAUUUGGCCGCCAGAAAUAUCCUACUCGGCCGUGGAUUUGUGGCAAAAGUGGCAGAUUUUGGACUUUCCCGGGGAGAGGACAUCUAUGUUCAAACAUCAAUGAAACGCGUACCAACUCGCUGGUUAUCCAUCGAGUCUAUUCUGCACAAUGUUUACACAACUAAGAGCGAUGUGUGGUCCUUUGGCAUUCUCGUAUGGGAAAUCGCAACUUUGGGUGGCACCCCUUAUCCGUCUAUUAGAACCAAAGACUUGGCAAGUCACCUUACCGAUGGCUAUCGUAUGUCGAAACCCCAAAAUUGUGACGAAAAAAUAUACACGUUGAUGAUCCAAUGCUGGGAAGAAAAUCCAACCAACCGACCCUCCUUUUCUGACCUGGUGACUGUCCUGAGUGGAAUGAACGAAAGCCAGAUUAAACACACCUACAUGGCAUUCCAGCGACCUCACUACGAGAAUUUCAGCGUCAUCAGACCAGAGUUAGAUGACAACUAAAUAAUUAACUUCGCCCGUUGGAUUUCAACAACCAAGUCCAUCCAGGCAUAGAUGAUCAAGCAGAUGUUCAAAUCAUGUAAUUUGCUUGAGGUGGGGGAUUGUGGGCAUACGCAAGGGCUUAGCAUGAAAUGUUUUCCUUAUUAAUAAAAACAGGAUUCCUAACCAAAUUUUAUUUUGUUGCAUAUUUGGUGGUCCUGUUUUUAUUUAAGGAAGAAAUAUCUUGCUAAGCAAAUUUUUGUGCUUACAUGCUUUAUGAAAUUGGGCCCAGAUCAACUAGAGAUGUAGAGUCAAACACCGAUGUCCCAACAGCUUCAUUCCACUGCAUCCUCUAUACAACAUUUCCCUGCAUCCUCUAUACAUUUGUACAAUGUUUCCCUGCAUCCUCUAUACAAUGUUUCCCUGCAUCCUCUAUACAAUGUUUCCCUGCAUCCUCUAUACAAUGUUUCCCUGCAUCCUCUAUACAAUGUUUCCCUGCAUCCUCAAUACAAUGUUUCCCUGCAUCCUCUAUACAAUGUUUCCCUGCAUCCUCUAUACAAUGUUUCCCUGCAUCCUCUAUACAAUGUUUCCCUGCAUCCUCAAUACAAUGUUUCCCUGCAUCCUCUAUACAAUGUUUCCCUGCAUCCUCUAUACAAUGUUUCCCUGCAUCCUCAAUACAAUGUUUCCCUGCAUUCUCUAUACAAUGUUUCCCUGCAUCCUCUAUACAAUGUUUCCCUGCAUCCUCUAUACAAUGUUUCCCUGCAUCCUCAAUACAAUGUUUCCCUGCAUCCUCUAUACAAUGUUUCCCUGCAUCCUCUAUACAAUGUUUCCCUGCAUUCUCUAUACAAUGUUUCCCUGC